CACGCGCUUCGAUUAUUUGCCUUGUUGCACAGCGGUGAGUAGGGCCUUGCCUAGGUGAACCGCGUGCGGGUUGAAGAGCAGAAAUGAUUUCAAUUCCAUUUUGACUGCAUGGUUUCUCCAUUUUCCUUUAUGUAAAUAGAAUAGCCUACUUUUGUGUGUGGUGGGCGUGAAAUGUCAUACAGUUCCGACAUGUCUGGAGAGGAGAGAGAUUACGAAGGAGACCUAAAUAGUUUACCGGACGACUCAAAUGUUGUCCAACGUUAUUUAUUACAACUGAGACAGAGGGCACAGAAAGACAUCAUCGACCCGCAGGACAGCUUGAAUUGGUCGGACAGUUUUCUAAUAAAGUUUCUGAGAGCGAGAGACUUUGAUGUUGAGCUGUCACUGAAGGUUGGUAUCCGCGGUGGGUUAACUGUAUUGUAAAUUGUAACUAUUUAAGAUAUGGUUUCAAUGCAUUCUGCAGUCGUUUAGAACUUGGAAUCAAAACUGUUUGUCAGUGAAAGAAAGUUGUGUCAAUGCAUUUUGCAGUCGUUUAGAACUUGGAAUCAAAACUGUUUGUCAGUGAAAGAAAGUUGUGUCGAUGCUAGUCUGAUUAAUCAGGCUGUAUGUAGGGUAACGUGGCGUAACAAGCCCCCCCCCCCCCUCCCCUCCCAAGAACAAUGUGAAAUUGCUGACCCAAAAAGCAGUUUUUCCAAAGUACUAGUGUAGAAGAUUAGUGUGUUUAAAAACAAAUUUAUACGUUUUAUUUUGAUUUUUUAUUUAUUAACUCUUAAAAGCUAAAGUCUAGUUAGUUACCCCCUACUCACUCACCUUAAAUGCUACUGUUUUAUAAAAAACUGAUACUUUUUUGUAUCUCUAAACAAGUGGAUAAUUUGUUUUUAGGCUCCCCAAAUGGUAUAUAUAUAUAUAUAUAUAUAUAUAGUACCAGUCAAAUGUUUGGACACACCAACUCAUUCCAGGGUUUUUCUUUAUUUUUACUAUUUUCUACAUUGUAGAAUAAUAGUGAAGACAUCAAAACUAUGAAAUAACACAUAUGGAAUCAUGUAGUAACCAAAAAAGUGUUAAACAAAGCAAAAUAUAUUUUAGAUUUCAGAUUGUUCAAAGUAGCCACCCUUUGCCUUGAUGACAGCUUUGCACACUCUUGGCAUUCUCUCAACCAGCUUCAUGAGGUAGUCACCUGGAAUGCAUUUCAAUUAACAGGUGUGCCUUGUUAAAAGUUAAUUUGUGGAAUAUCUUUCCUUCUUAAUGCGUUUGAGCCAAUCAGUUGUGUUGUGACAAGGUAGGGGUGGUAUACCGAAGAUAGCCCUAUUUGGUAAAAGACCAAGUCCAUAUUAUGGCAAGAACAGCUCUAAUAAGUAAAGAGAAACGACAGUCCAUCAAGACAUGAAGGUCAGUCAAUCUGGAAAAUGUGCAGUCGCAAAAACCAUCAAGCGCUAUGAUGAAACUGGCUCUCAUGAGGACCGCUACAAGAAAGGAAGACCCAGAGUUACCUCUGCUGCAGAGGAAAAGUUAAUUAGAGUUAACUGCACCUCAGAAAUUGCAGCCCAAAUAAAUGCUUCAGAGUUCAAGUAACAGAGACGUCUCAACAUCAACUGUUCAGAGGAGACUGAGUGAAUCAGGCCUUCAUUGUCGAAUUGCUGCAAAGAAACCACUACUAAAGCACACCAGUAAGAAGAAGAGACUUGCUUGGGCCAAGAAACACGAGCAAUGGACAUUAGACCAGUGGAAAUCUGUCCUUUGGUCUGAUAAGUCCAAAUUUGAGAUUUUUGGUUCCAACCGCCGUGUCUUUGUGAGACGCAGAGUAGGUGAACGGAUGAUCUCUGCAUGUAUGGUUCCCACCGUGAAGCAUGGAGGAGGUGGUGUGAUGGUGUGGUUGUGCUUUGCUGGUGACACUGUCAGUGAAUCAUUUAGAAUUCAAGGCACAUUUAACCAGCAUGGCUACCACAGCAUUCUGCAGCGAUACACCAUCCCAUCUGGUUUGGGCUUAGUGGGACUAUAAUUUGGUUUUCAACAGGACAAUGACCCAAAACACACCUUCAGGCUGUGUAAGGGAUAUUUGACCAAGAAGGAGAGUGAUGACGUGCUGCAUCAGAUGACCCGUCCUUCACAAUCACCCGACCUCAACCCAAUUGAGAUAGUUUGGGAUGAGUUGGACCGCAAAGGGAAGGAAAAGCAGCCAACAAGUGCUCAGCAUAUGUGGGAACUCCUUCAAGACUGUUGGAAAAGCAUUCCUGAUGAAGCUGGUUGAGAGAAUGCCAAGAGUGUGCAAAGCUGUCAUCAAGGCAAAGGGUGGCUACUUUGAAGAAUCUAAAAUAUAUUUUGAUUUGUUUAUUACUUUUUUUGGUUACUACAUGAUUCCAUAUGUGUUAUUUCGUAUUUUUGACAUCUUCACUAUUAUUCUACAAUGUAGAAAAUAGUACAAAUAAAGAAAACCCUUGAAUGAGUAGGUGUGUCCAAACUUUUGACUGGUACUGUAUAUAUACUAAUUAUCUUUUUCUAAAUGACAAAAUAUUAGGUCAACUUACCUCAGAAUCGUUGUUCGUAACAUUUAAAAAAUGUAGAUGAGACGGAUAACAUUUUUACUUUUUUUAUUCUUUAUUUUGAUUUUAAAUUCCUCAAAGUUAAAGGUGUAGAUCAUUCUCCAUCCUCCCCUGAUUCAGAAUGUCAUGCUUGGUUCAAUAGCCUGACAUGAUUUGACAGGCUGACCGCUGGCUGUUGUUUUUCUGUUGCAAUCUAAAAUAUGUUUUCUUUCCCUCUCUCUUUCUUUCCCUCUCUCUCUCGCUUCCUCUCUCCCUCCAUCCCUAUAGUUACUCAUUAAUUACCAGCGUUGGAGGAGAGAGUGCCCAGAGAUCAGUGCCAACCUGCACCCGUCCUCUGUCCUGGGACUCCUCCAGAAUAACUACCAUGGAGUGCUGAGGGACCGGGACCACAGCGGCAGCAGAGUGCUCAUCUAUAGGAUAGGUUAGUCCUCAUCUAUAUGAUGUGGUCUGGGUGUCAGGCAAGGCAAAUGGCACCACUGCAUAAAACCACUUAAAAUAGUAUUUAUUACUUGUAGUAUUUUAUUAGGAUCUCCAUUAGCUACUGCUAAAGCAGCAGCCACUCUUCCUGGGGUCCACACAAAACCUAAAACAUGACAUAAUACAUAACAUUUAAUAGACAAUUACAGCUGAAGGACAGAACUACAUACAUUUAAAAUAAGAAUACACACUUUCAUAAAUUUAUGCCUUAGCAUUCCAUGCAUCAUAUGCACUCAUUAUAACGGCAAUAACGCAGCCAUUCAUUUUCCCAUAUAUUGUGAUAUAUUGUGUCUAAGCAAGUCCAGAUAUCUCACAGCAUCCUUGAAUCCUGAUAUCCUAAUCUCACAGCAACCUUGAAUACUGAUAUCCUAAUCUCACAGCACCAGUUGUUCUGUAAAAAACAGAGAGAGUUUCACAACAUCAGGAACCAUCUGUGUCCUUGGUUCAUAAUAAUGUGACUCAUAGAUGCUACUGAACGCAAGUGUAACACACGAAAAUGGAAAUGGAAUAAUCAUGUGGAGUUUCACCGAAGACGUUAACUCCUGCUCAGUUCCCCUGGAGUGAACAGAGCCACAUAUCAUAUCGUAUGGAGUUGCACCUAAGUUUCACCCCUGCUGUGUUCCCCUGACGUGAACGCAGCAACCUUGAAUUGUAUGGAGGUGCACUGCACUCAGCUAAAUUCCCCUGACAUUAAUAAAGCUACCUUGUUUUGCUAAAUUCCCCUGACGUGAAUAAAGCUACCUUAUUUUGUUAAAUUCCCCUGAGGUGAAUAAAGAUACCAUGUCAUCUACUGUUACCGCCCACAAUGGGUAUCCUGGGGUAACUUAAUCUCUUGAAUCGUAUGGAGAUGCACCGAAGUAUCACUUCUGCUACGUGAACGCAGCAACCUUGAAAUGUACUUUGAACAUUAUUCCUUUUGAUACAUCUGCCCAUGGCACAGGGCUGUGUAAAAGGCUAUGUGAGGAGUGUUUGACUUAAUAUAGUAUACUCUAUAACAGGGCUAUUCAAAUCUUACCCUACGAGAUCCAGAGCACUGCUGGUUUUCUGUUCUACCUGAUAAUCAAUUGCACCCACCUGGUAUCCCAGGUCUAAAUCAGUCCCUCAAUAGAAGGGAAUAAUUUUUAAAAAGCAGUGGAACUGGCUUUGAUGUCAAGAUUAGAAUUUAUGUGCUCUAUAGCAGUGCUCUCUAACCCUGUUCCUGGAGAGCUACCCUCCUGUAGGUUUUUGCUCCAACCCCAGUUGCAACUAACCUUAUUCAGCAUAUCAACCAGCUAAUUGUUAGAAUCAAGUGUGCUAGAUUAGGGUUGGAGUGAAAACGUACAGGACGGUAGCUCUCCAAGAACAGGGUUGGAGGACCCUGCUCUAUUGGGUCAUUUGAGAAGUUGUCAUUUGAGAUGUUUGCUUGUCUCCUCAGGCCAGUGGAACCCUAAAGACUUCACAGCUUACGAGGUGUUCCGUGUUAGUCUGAUCACAUCGGAGCUGAUCGUCCAGGAGACAGAGACCCAGAGGAAUGGACUGAAGGCCAUCUUCGACAUGCAGGGAUGGUGCUUCGCUCAUGCCCUACAGAUCAACCCCUCCCUGGCAAAGAGGAUCUCCUCUGUGCUCACGGUAGGCUAUCAGUUGAACUGGGUUGAGUCCUUUAGGACACCCAAUGAAAAAUGAGUGUUUCCUAUUGAACCAGUACAGGUAGUCCCUCCCUGUUUCAGUCUGUUUUCUUUAGUUUGGUGCCUAAUGAACAGAACCCAGAACUGCUGUUUUUAAAGGGUCCCUCUGCUGCUUUCAGAAAUAAUCUUAGAAUUAUCAAUACUUUUGAAGCUUAGGGUUAUGUCUGGAUCCAGAGUUGUCUGUAUUGCAGAUAUCUCAUGUUACUCUUAUAUAAUAUAGCUACAUACACAGCUAUACUGUGAAUAAGCCUGUAAUAAUACUGUAAUAAGCCUCUGUAAAUGUGAUCUUGUCAGGACUCGUUUCCUCUGAAGGUGCGAGGGAUCCAUCUGAUCAAUGAGCCCAUAUUCUUCAGACCCGUCUUCGCCAUGAUCCGUCCAUUCCUGCCUGAUAAGAUCAAACAACGGGUCAGUCACCAUUCUUCACCAUUCACAUGUUCUUGCACUAUGACUUUUGCUUCACCUGGAUACAUCUCUUUCAUACAUUGUCAAUGGGAGUGAUGGUGGUGAUGAUGAUGAUGAUGAUAGUGACCUCAGAUGUUGUUUAGAGCAGGUGCUUAUAACCCAUUAUGAUAAUGAUGAUAAUGCUGCCUCUGAUGAUAAUAAUGACAACAAUAACAAUGUUUAUCAUGAUGGCAGUGAUGCUAGUUCAUGUCAAUUCCCUUCUGUCUUACUCCUAGAUCCACAUGCACGGCAGCACCUUCGAAGAGACUCUGAGUGACUUCUUCUCCGAAGACAUUCUCCCCCAGGAGUACGGGGGCAGCGGCCCCUCCAUGGAGGAGGUGUGUCAGGAGUGGACCUCCCACAUCCUGCAGUCUGAGGAACGCCUCACCCAGCUCUCCAUCUACCCUGCAGGAGAUGAGGUCAUCCCUGACCUGGAGCCAGAACCUGACCCUGACAGCCAGUCCGCCUACAGCUCCUGA